AUGAAAAUACCAAAGAUUAUUCACCAAACAUGGAAGAAUUACGACGUCCCUGCUCAGUUUGCGGACUAUAUCAAAUCUUGGCUUAUACUUAAUCCGGAUUGGGAGUAUUGGUUUUGGACUGACCGUGAUGCUGACGUUUUCAUCAAGCUGAGUUAUCCCACGUUUUACCAGAUGUACCGAGAGUACGGGCACCACAUGCAACGAGCUGACGCACUACGCUAUUUCGUUCUCUAUGAAUUCGGUGGCUGGUAUGCCGACUUGGACAUCCAGGUCCUUCGACCUCUCGAAGAGAUAUCGAGAAAACACUAUUGCAUGAUUCCGUUAGAGCCAUGGGGCCAAGCCAUCGUAACGUGGAACAAAGUGCGCUUAUCUUCAAAUGCCAUAAUGGCGGCUUCCCCUCGCCACCCCUUCUUCAAGCGGGUUAUUGACACGUUACCGCACCUCGCCAAGCGCCGUGGGCCAAGCCCAAUGCUCUGGUCAACAGGGCCUUUCAUGAUCGAGGACGUUAUUACCAAGUACGAAUUUGAGGGUAAGCAAAGGAAAUCUGGACAUUUUCAUAACGAGACUGUGUGGCUUGCCAACCCAGAAGUAUUCCUACCUGUCGCUGAUAAAACCGCUGUGAUAAAAUGGAAGCAGAUUUGUUUGCAAAACGAACGUAGGCCGACGGAAAGACUUCGACAGGACUACUGUGGAUAUCUGAAAAGUACGAACUAUGCAAAUACCCUGCAGAAAGACGCAUACACCACGCAUGCUUGGUCGCACACAUAUUUUGGGAACAGCAAUAAUAAGACGAAUAUUUUUAAGGUCGUACCGGGCGCAAAGAUUGUCAGUAAUAUCAUUAAGACGAUGUCUUCUGGUCAUGAUGAUAGGGCAUUUCAAAAAGGCAGAUCAUAUAACUGA